GUCAAUAAAUUUAAUGUAAAAAUAAAACACUAUGUUGGCAAGAUUGUUACCCAUGUAUUUAAAGACUCACAGUAGAAUCCAUCUAAUGCUCACCUGCAACGAUUUCUUUGUAUCAAGUGUCAUAACUAAUUGGAUACAAAAGAAUGUACAGACUCGUGGCAAAUCUUACAAACGUUAUCUUGAUUACUCAAACUUACCCAAGUUGGAAGAAGCUGACCUGAAGGAACAGUUUGUCCGAGGUAGUGGACCAGGUGGUCAGGCAACAAACAAAACAAACAAUGCAGUAGUACUGAAGCACAAACCCACUGGAAUUGUUGUUAAAUGUCAUGAAACACGAAGCUUGUGGGACAAUCAAAAACGUGCGCGUGAACUUCUAGUAACAAAGCUCGAUAACUUACUAAACAAAGAACAUUCUAUUGAAGCCCAGAUACGUGCUAUUCAGCAAAAACAGCGUGCAUGCAAAGAGUGCAAGAGGAAAAAACUGGCAGAGAUGAAGAAAGCCUUCCAGGAGCGCGAAGGCUUAACAUGACACAACUCGUUUGUUGCUUUAUGCUUCAUCUUAGAAUAUGAAUUUAUUAUAGUUCUUUAGAA